AUGCCAAAGCCUCUCACAAUCACGCCUGCCCCGUUCAGGCCCUCCAAACUUUCCAUCCCCCCUUCCCCUUUCUCUCCCCGCCUGCCCCUGACUCCCCCAGCAUCGACGCCAAAGGAAGGCUCGUUGGUGCCGAACAGAAACAAGCGCGAGCUCUCGUCUCCUAGUACACCACCACCGUCUCCGCCGCUGAAGUGGAUCUGGCAAUGCCACGUCUGCCACCGGGCCUAUCUCCUCGGCAUGACCAGGCGGUGUCUGGACGAUGGCCACUACUUCUGCUCUGGUGUGACCACGGUCAAGACAUGGCGUGCCAGUGCCAACCCGAGGAAGGGCAGGAGGACGAAGAAGCACCGGGCGUGCGCUAGCGAGUUCGACUACGGGGGGUGGAAGGCGUUUGGAGAAUGGCGGCGCAACGAGGAGGCCAUCCGCCGCGCCUCCUUCGCUGACACGGUCGACUUCAGCACGAGCACCGGUGGUUUCUUGUCGCCCCGCCCGUCUGCGCAGAGCAAGGUCGCCCGCAACUGCUGGAACACCUGUGAUUUCCCCUCCGAAUGCCGCUGGGGCUCGCAGCACGGCGUCCAGGCCGCGUGCGCCGCGUCGCCGAUCCUGCCUUCUCCCCCCGACGAAGACACGGGCCCUCAAUCCAGCGAGGUCUCGGCCUCUACCCCCGACGCCAUCAAGCUCGACACCGCCUUGGCCACCAACGACACGCCGCCCACGACCUUCGAUGGCAUCCUCAACCACAGCCAAGAAGGGGAGCUUUCGCCAUUGUCGCCCAAGGAGCUGCGUGGCCGCUUCUGGGAUGGCAUCCUCGACUCGGCACGGCAGCGCAGGCUGAGCAAGUCCGGCAAGGCCCAUUCGCCACUCACACUCAACCCGGUCACGGAGAAGGACGAGCCGGUGUCGCCCAGCGACCUGGAUCGCGAGCAGCUCGCCUCUCCUGAACCUGCCGCCUUCGAUCAAAGCACACGCUCGAAGGGGUUAUUCGAGAUGUCGGAUCGGUGGACAUUGUCGGAGUCGGGACAGGAGCGUGGACAUGUCCAGAUCCCGGAGCCCGCGCUCGUCGUGAGCCACGGGUUCGACUUUGGGUUUGAGAUGGCAGACAACGGUAUGGAUGCGGGGAUUGAAGCAGGAAGGAGCGAUGCAAAGAGCCGGAAGAAAAGCAAGAAGGGGAAGAGAAAGUUGACAAAGAGGACGUAA